CACUCACCGACGCGAAGCAUCGAAGCUCAGGUGAGAGAGACGCAUCUCUCUCUCUCUCCUAUCUCUACGAGGGGUGGAUCGAAUGGAACCCUAAUCUCCGAUCUACGAAGAAUCGGAUCCGCGAAGCCUCCGAUCUCGAAUCGCUUCGCCGUUGGAGUUGCUGGAUCUAAUUCGUAUUGCUGUGUGUGGAUUCUUCCUCUCUCGUCUCGAUUUGCUCUUUGGAUCGGUAGUAUCAUUCAUUUGCUGCUGAUUUAUCUAUUUUUGGAUCUAAUUUGCGGUUGUUGAGAUAGUAAGAAUUUUGGAUGAUAUCGUUGCUGAACUGUGUGUUAGUAGGGAAGUUGUAGAUUAUCUGUGUCUGGAAAUAGUAGGACUUCUUCCGGUUGCUCAUUUUCGCUAUGUGGAGGUUCAAACCAUUCUCUGGGAAAGAACCCUCUGGCUUGGAAGGCCGAACAGUCGAUGUCGGAAAUGUGAAGAUCACUGUCCGAAAUGCUAUAGCAGAAGGGGGAUUUUCCUGCGUAUACAUUGCGCAUGAUGUGAUGCAUCCGUCGAAACAAUAUGCUCUGAAGCACAUGAUUUGCAAUGAUAGAGAAACGCUCGAUCUUGUAAUGAAGGAGAUCCAAGUGAUGAAGCUGCUUAAAGGGCACCCUAAUGUUGUCACACCUGUUGCUCAUACCAUAUUGGAUAUGGGUAGGACAAAAGAAGCUUUGCUUGUGAUGGAGUUCUGUGAAAAAUCGUUGGUUAGCGUGUUGGACAGCAGAGGCACAGGGUACUUUGAGGAGAAACAGAUACUUUUGAUUUUUAGGGAUAUUUGCAAUGCGGUGUUUGCAAUGCAUGGCCAGUCACCACCCAUUGCCCACAGAGAUUUGAAAGUUGAAAAUGUUUUGCUUGGAUCUGAUGGAGCUUGGAAACUGUGUGAUUUUGGAAGCACAACGACCAACCACAAGUGCUUUGACAGGCCAGAAGAGAUGGGAGUUGAAGAAGAUAAUAUUAGAAAGCAUACAACCCCUGCAUAUAGAGCCCCUGAGAUGUGGGAUCUUUACAGGAAGGAAGUUAUAAGUGAAAAAGUGGACAUUUGGGCUCUUGGAUGCCUUCUUUACAGACUCUGCUACCUGAAAUCUGCAUUUGAUGGUGAAUCAAAGCUUCAAAUUCUGAAUGGAAACUAUAAGAUACCAGAGUUGCCCAAAUACAGUACUUCGAUUGUGCAACUGAUCAGGGACAUGCUUGAAGGUUCUCCGAAUAACAGACCGGACAUCACUCAGGUUUGGUUCCGUGUUAACGGAGAACUACCUAUGGAGUUACAGAAAGACCUACCUGACGGAGCUCCAUCCAAUACUGGUCUCCAUCCUCCUGCUUUGAAUUUGCCUGAUGAAGUAGGUCCCAAAAGGACUCCUUUGAUGCCUAGAAGGAGCCCUCCUCCACCACCUUCAUCAAGAGAACAGGUGAGAAACAUCUCACCUUCUACUGAGAAGGCUACACAGCACUCUAGAUCCUCUCCUGGUAUGUCGAAAGCAGCCGAAGCUCCACUAGGGGUAUUUUGGUCCACACAGCAUGCACAAGAUUCGCAAGCCGCUGAAACUAAUAAACCCCCCUUAUUUGAUGAAGAGCCAAUAAAACCAUCAUUCAACCAAAAUCAGAAUAUACUAGACACUAGAUCCAGCCCUCCAGCAGAAAGGCCUGUUCGAUCUGGACAGUCUGUUGGAAAAAGUGUGCGGACCAACUUUAGGUCCAAUGAUGGUGCUAGUGAAGACUUUGAAAUAAGAUUUUUCCCCGAUUUGCAGCACGGUUCACACAAAACAAAAUUAUCUCAUCCUGAGAGCAAACCAACCUUUAAGAACGAGGCAUCCAAUAACUUUGUUGGCGAGUUCGAUAGCAAUAAUGGCAAUGUGUCAAGGAUUAAAGAGCUUGAAUUAGAGUUGGACAACUUAAAGGAGCAGCUAAAGAAAGCUAACUUGGAAAAGGCUGAAAUAACAUCCAAAUAUGAGAAGCUGUCUGCCAUCUGCCGCUCCCAGAGACAGGAGAUUCAGGAGCUGAAGCAUGCAAUUGCAGCAACCCCAUCACCGCCGAACAAAGAUGGUUCAAAGAGGGAUAGCUCACCAGGAAACUCUCAGGAACUCCAGCAUGGGAUAUUUGCCGGUGGCUCUCCAUCAUGUAGCUUUGGGACUGAGCCUGAAAGGUGGCAGGCUUUCAGCAAUGAAAAAGCUCAGACUGCAUCCAUCAAUGGCCAGCAGAAUUCAACAAAGCAAACAACUGCAGCGCCCUCGAAUGAUGUGUGGGGCUUCGGUCUUGAAAAUUUUAGAGCGACGCCGACACCAAGCGUUGCACAUAUAUCCGCUAGUAAGACUCAUGGAAGUUCUUCCCAGAGAUUUGGCAGUGGUGUCGCGAGGAAGGUGGAACAGCCAUCAGGAUGGACUGGCUUCUAGAGUUUCUGCCGAGACAAAAGCUUGUACUGUAGGUGUGUUUGGAGGACGGCAGUAAUGACUGAACCACAGCAGCUCUUGAUUGGUGGGGUCUUGGCUUGUUCUUUUUGCUGCCAUUUUCUGCAUAUUGAUGAAGGCAUGUGCAAUUGAUCACAUUAGUAACAUAAGAGUAGACUGUUAUACACAAACUUUAGUCAAAACAAAAACGAAAGAAAAAAAAAAGAUACAGGGUAAGCCCUUUCUCAAUCAAUGGGCUAUUUAUUCAAGUAAGAUCAGGAAAUUUAUCCUGCCAUCUAUUUUCUACUCUACAAAGGUUCCACAAGUCAUAGUAAUUUGUUUGGGGGUGAAUGAAUACUAGGUGGGUUAAACUUUGCUCCUCUCCCUACAUACCAAUUGUUCAGUUUUCUUCUGUGUAUUCUCUCUCUUCAUUGGAGUUUUACCUUCUUAUUUAUCGUUAA